UUGAGGCAUUUACCGCCACGCCCCGUUCAAAUGCGUUAUUCCUCAACAUCCUCCUCAAAAAUCACUUUGUGAGUGCUAAGGAACCACAUAUUACCAUUUGAUGUUUAACCAAGUAGAUUAAAACAUCAACAGUGGAAUGAAUCAUGUGAAUGUAGCCGCUUUCAGGCAACACUGACUUGUUGCGCACUUGUUAUUCCCUCUAUAGGCUGCAACUCAGUGACUGCGUCGCUUUGAAAUGUUUUCUUUUCGUGUUAUAUCAUCUAACGUCUUUUUAAUCAAGGGAGAAGCUAUUUCGAGGAGUUCACUUUCUUGGACUUUGGCUUGAAAGUACUGGGAUGUCAGAGUCGCGGUAUAUACAUAUACUUUAGCCGGGUGAAAAAUCCUUGGCAGGUGAGAGACGGGAAUUCCUGACAGCGUUUCCCCAGCACGCGCUUGAAUGCACGGGCUUUGAUGCAGAAAUAAUUGAAGGAUUUUAACAUGAUCUUUGCGCGGCACCUCAGAAGCUGCCGGGUACCUGGGCUGUGUGUUCAAAUACUUUACAGCGUUCUCAUACUGUGGACCAAAGAAAUGGAAGGACUCUCCGAUUUCUCAAAUUAUCUGUUUAGGAUCAUCAACAGUCAGUCAGCUCAAGCCUGUGAUGGAGAUCACCUGCUCCUCAGGUGUCCUCGGCACUCCACCAUAACUAUUCAAUCUGCAUUUUAUGGACAGAGUGCAGCCCUUCCCGGGAUUGUGCCAGGAAUGAGAUGCCAAUGGCGUAAUCACAGCUGUUCUGCUACCACAGCACUGCAGAAAGUGCUCUCUGAAUGCCAAGGUCAUAGAAAUUGCCAGUUUCUGGUUAAUCAUCAAGUCUUUGGUCGAGAUCCUUGUCCCGGAACUCCUAAAUACCUCCAUGUAUCAUACAGAUGUAAACCUACAGAGCACAAGAAGAAAGUAACAUGUGAGGGAGAUCGACUUUUGCUGCACUGCAAGUAUCCAAGAGUGCUGAAUAUCUACUCUGCUGUUUAUGGAAGACAGUUGGAGGAGAAAAACUUGUGCCCUUCACAGGAACGAGAACCUCCACCAUUUGAAUGUCUUUUUCACAAAGCUGUUGACGUGGUAUCCAACAUCUGCUAUGGAAAACAGAGGUGUUCGUUUACCAUAGAUGAGAAACAUUUCAAAAACCCCUGCCCCCCUGGAACAAAAAAUGAUUUAACUGUCCUCUAUGCAUGCGUUCCUCAAAGUUUACUCAAGGAGGCUGAUCCCAGCAGUUUCCAAACUACCUCAGUUCCUAACCAAAGCACCAAAGGGGAACACCCAGUUAUCAGAAGUUCAAAAGUUCCAGAGAACAGAAUUAUUGUCAGCAAUUCAUUAAUGGCAUAUGGCUACAUUACAGAGCAUCCAGAGAUGGCAGGACUGCUCUUCACAUCAAGUGUUUGUGUGGGACUUCUGAUUGUUCUAAUAGCUGUUUCAACACAGCUAACUUGCAGUAGACAUCUAAACAAAACUAGGACAUUCAGGAAGAAGAGUAAAACAACUCAUUCGGAAGAGGAGGAGCCAAUGAACCAGGAUAAUGAAGAGGAAGAAGAUGAGGAUGAGAAAGUGUCACUAAUGAAUAGCUCUAACCUGUCAGAGAUCGGCAGGAAGGUGUAUUGUUGGGAAGACGUUACGUACACCACAGAGGCAGCAGAGCUGAUGGAGAGGAUUGAGCGCAGAGAGCUAGUGAUUCAGGAGAUCAGGAUGAAUGCAUACCUCAAUGGAAACACAUGCAUCCUACAUUCAUACAUGCCAAGUGUUACACAGAAUGUGCAGUAGCUGUAGUUUCAACCAAAAGAACUGAACAUUUUGAAUGUUUUCUGUUACCAAAACACUAAAAUGAACAGGUGAAGUGUGUAAUUGUGUGUAAAACAAGUGGAACUGCCAAAACUGUCUUCAAACAGGUUUCCAAAACACUCCUCUCAGCUGCUAUUGGUCAGCUACACAAAUGGCCUCACACUAUUGGUUAAGCUACUUUUGCUGUUGUCAGGCAGCUUAAACAAACAGUCUAAUAUUUUGAAAACAUCACAGAUUCACUGUGCUACACUUUUUGAGGUGAAUCAACCUACAACAGUCUCAUAAUAAGCCAUUAAAGAGGUUUUUUACAUUAAAAACAUUACACACAUCACCUUUAGAGGCACAGUGAGGACAUAAUAGCACAGAACAAGCAAUACCUGAGGGCAAAAGUUAUUAUUCUUCUCUAAAAUUAUUCUAUAAAUGUGUUACGUUUCACACAAAGUAAAGCCAUGUAAAGAGAAAAGU